CAAGAGAAAGCUUGCUCGAACUUGAAGAGAGAGACAGGGUAAUAGAAAAUAGUACAAUAGAAGAGAAUACUAUAGAAGUGAAGCCAGAAGAAAUUAUAGUUUACAGUGACGUGCUACUUGAAAGUUACCUCAAAUUUUGUGAUAAGGAACAGAAGUUUCAUGUCUUUUUUUGGUUAAAGAAGGGAAAUGUAAUUGUAUACGAUAUGCUGACUAGUGUUUAUAGAGCAGUACUAAUUCGAUUGAAUAGUUUAAUAAACCGUUGGAGUGAUCAACUUAUUGUUAGUAGUGAUGUAGAUAUUAUCGUUGGCCAAAAUAGUGUGUAUAGGCCUGAUAUUCUGGUCGAACCAUCGCAGAGAGGAGAUCCAAAUCCAAGAAUGAUUGUAGAAAUUGGGAUAAUAGAAUCUCUUGAUAGUUUAAAUAAUCUAGCAGAGGA